CACUUUGUAAAAAAAGCUAACAGAAAUAAAGAGUUUCUCUUGUUUUGAUUUUAUUUUUAGUUGAUUGUCUUUUUUCAAUUUAAUUGUUUCGGUUAAUUGUCGAUAAAUUAUGGCUUUAAUUUGCAAAAAUUUAGAACAAAUCAGUUCUAGAACAGUUGGUUAUAAAUUAUGGUCACCUAAUUGUUGUCAUCAAGUGAGAGGUAAAAAGAAGCUUACCCUUAGAUCACCUCAAUUCCCAGUAUAUGAAAAGAAAUUACUAUUAGCGGCAUGUGAACCGAUAAUGAAAAGGGUUUCCGAUUAUCCAACAUCAAUUACUUGUCCUAAUUUGAAAUCUGAUGAAAAUUUUGAACCGCAUCCAUACGUCAAAAUAUUAGCCGAUGAAUUCAAAAGUAACCUGGACAAAUCAACUUUGACCAUCUUUUAUCAUGUUAAUUCAAUUGAUGAUUUAACCUACAAGGAGAAUAAAAAUUUAAUCAUGAGAUUAGGAUUCAAAGUGGAAAUUUAUGGAAACGAUGUCGCUGAAUUGGCUCUAAAGUCAACCAGAUAUCGGCCAUUGCUUAAGUUUUACAGUCGAUCUGUUAAAACUGCUGUCGCUUUUGGAGAUAAUGUUUCAAUCUCUAAGGUUAACAAUUUAUUAAAACUCGAAAGAUCAGCUCCGUUCAUGAUUCUAAUGUUUGGUAUUUAUGAAAAUCAAGUUCUAAGGAAAAAUGAACUCAAAGAAUUAGCUAAUCUUCCAGGUUUACCUAUUCUUCAUGCUCAACUUGUUCACACUCUUAAUUCAUUUGCAUCUUCUCUCAGUUCAACCCUUGAUUAUCAUGGAAAACAAUUAUCUCUUUCACUUGAAACUUAUUCAAAAAGUAAAUCAGAUAAAUCAUAAAGAUUGAAAAUCAUAAGGAAAACAAAACAAAAACAAAACUGUAAAAAUUUAGUCAACAUUUGAUUACCAAAUUGAGAAAAAAAAUCAAAUUAUUAAAGCUUAAUUAGUUCAAUAAACAUUAAUGAAAUUAAUAAA